UAAAUUGCAGUAUGUACUCACUCAUUAAAAAUUACAUGUGUAUACAAACAAGAAAAUGUCAAAAACUUCCCCGAUAUAAAGGCAAAGCCGGUACGGGUGCAGUUAUUCUUUGCUGUCUAAAUCACCAAGAGUACCGUCAUGCCGCCAAGUGGAAAAGCCGCCAAGAAAGCUGGCAAAGCCAGACCGGUCGGGGACAAGAAGAAAGGGAGGAGGAGAAAGAGAAGGGAGACGUUCGGCGUCUACAUCUACAAAGUGCUGAAGCAGGUGCACCCCGACACCGGCGUCUCCAGCAAGGCCAUGGGCAUCAUGAACUCAUUUGUCAACGACAUCUUCGAGCGCAUCGCCGCCGAGGCUUCCCGUCUGGCUCACUACAACAAGCGCUCCACCAUCAGUAGCCGCGAGAUUCAGACCGCCGUCAGACUCCUGCUGCCGGGCGAGCUGGCCAAGCACGCCGUCAGCGAGGGCACCAAGGCCGUCACUAGUAAGUACACCAGCUCCAAGUAAAUCCACCGCCGCUAGCGAUGAUACACAGAACCCCGGCCUUUUUCGAGGCCACCCACAUCCCCACAAAAGAGCUGUCUCCAUCACACUCAAGUACACUGUCUCACACAAUAUAUACCUGUACACGCCAGCCAGUAACCUGCAGCUGCAGCUUC